AUGGAUAUCCCGUGCGCUACUGUGGAGGGAAUCUACGGUUUUUGUCGAUCUCCGGCUUUUUGUUUCAGUCAAUACGACUCUAUUGAACAAUAUCUGCAAAACCAAUGCAAACAAUCCAAUGUGCCCAUUAGAAUCCCAAUCCCUAUCGAACCCGUAAUCCCUUUAAAUAUCGACCAUAAGGUAGUGAUAGAAGCGGCAAAAGAAAGUCAAAAAAUAAUCAAAGAGCAAUUGACUAUUGAGAAAGAAUUAAUCCGAGCGGGAUUUUUCCAGCGAAACAAUACGAUGGAGAGCUUUCAUCAGGCAUUCUUCGGACCCGACGACCCAGAGAUUCAGAAAUUAUCAUUAGAUGGUUUGGUCGCUUUGGAGACUACACUACAACUCGCUAAGAGAUAUCAAUUAACUCCAUUGCAAGCGAGAGAUGGUUUGCAUAAGUUUAGUCUCUUAGACACCCCUCUGGAACGCCACUGUCCGGAGACACCGAUAUGUGACCGACAGUCUAAAUACCGCACAGCAGACGGCAAUUGCAAUAAUCUUGAUUAUCCUCUUUGGGGUAAAUCUCUGACACAAUUUAAUCGUUUGGUUCCGCCUUCUUAUGCCGAUGGACUCAAUGAUCUGCGGGUAUCGGUUGACGGCGGGGAUCUGCCGUCGGCCAGAGAGGUCUCCUGUAAGUUGGCCUUAGAUUUUGAUAUUCCCGACCGAAAGUUUUCACUACUGGUCAUGCAAUGGGGACAGAUUAUAGAUCACGACCUGACUCUCACAGCUUCGACACGAGCGACGACGGGAGAGGGUUUGCACUGUUGUAAUGAAGAGGCGCGAAGGGCCACAAAGAUCAGACACCCGGCCUGUAAACCCAUUAUCAUUCCACGAGACGACCCCUUCUAUGCACAACACAACCACUUUUGCAAUAACUUUGUCAGAAACGCUGCCGGACCUAAAUAUGACUGCAAUUUAGGAUAUAGAGAACAAAUAAACACGUUAACGCAUAUUAUUGAUGGCUCAAUGGUAUACGGCUCUACUGAAGAAAGAGCCAAAUUUUUACGAUCGGGCAAAAAUGGAAAACUAAGAGCAGAUAAAGUAAAUGGCUAUGAAUUCCUACCGUUUGAUACCCAGAAUCGAUCGGAUGAAUGCGGUAUUCCUGAAAAUCUUCAAAGACAGCGGGGAUAUCAAUGCUUUGUUGGAGGUGAUGUGAGGGUUAAUGAGCAAACAGGUCUAACAAUGUUGCACAAUGUGUUGCUUAGAGAACACAAUAGAAUUGCAGAAAUCCUUCAAGGAUUAAAUCCAGAAUGGAGCGAUGAGUCUGUAUAUCAGGAGACGAGACGUAUAGUCGCCGCACAGAUUCAGUCCAUUACUUACAACGAAUGGAUGCCUUUAAUAUUAGGCCGAAGUGUAAUGAAAGAGUUUAAUCUGUUUACGAAACCAAACGGAUAUACCUAUGAUUACGACAAUAAUCUAAAUCCCGGAAUCUUCAAUGAGUUCGCAACCGCUGUCUACAGAUUUCAUAGUCUCAUUCAGGGUUUAUUGCGGUUAUUGAAUAACGCGGGAAAAGUGACACAAACUAUCCAACUGCGAGAGCACUUCAACAAUCCCACGUCUCUCUAUAGAAAGGGAGCUUUCGAUGAAUUUUUGAACGGAUAUACAGGAAAUCCGACCCAAACUUUUGAUCAAUUCUUCACUGAAGACAUAACAAACCAUUUAUUUCAAGAACACAAUUCACUCUUUGGUAUGGAUUUAAUUGCACUCAACAUUCAAAGAGUAUUGUGGUUACCGAGAAAUCCCCGCCCGAAGACACCGACCUCUAAACACGGAAGAGAUCACGGAUUGUCCGGUUAUAAUGAUUUCAGACACGUAUGCGGUUUGCCUCGAAUCAAGACAUUCGAAGAAUUGGAUCAAGUGAUGCGUCCAGGAUCGGCACACAUCAUGUCUUUGAUCUAUAGACAUGUGGAUGACAUCGAUUUGUUUAUUGCCGGUAAUCACGAGAGACCACUGCCUGAUGCGGUGGUCGGACCCAUAUUUGCCUGCAUUUUGGCGGAACAGGCGCGAAGAAAUAAAGUCGGCGAUAGGUUUUGGUUUGAAAACGGAAAUAUGAAACACUCUUUCAAUGAAGCACAACUAAAUGAGAUCCGAAAAGCGAGUUUAGCGAGUCUUGAAUCCUCGAAUUGA